GCCCAGGCCCCCAAAUUGAUCUGGUACCUACACCGGUAUUGCGCUAAGUAACCACGCGUUUAUCCAUACUGGAACCUGAAAAGUAGCAAUUGCAGAAAAACAACCAUGAGUAAGGGGACCGAACUUUUAAACGGCCAUUUUUAUUUUAAAAUUCUCCCAGACGGCGCAGUCGACAGAAGUAAAGCGUUUUGUCGGCACUGCAAUUUUGGAUUUUGUUAUCACCGGAGUACAUCCAGUCUGAAAUAUCAUCUACAUGCAAAACACAGAGUUGAUGUCAGCAGUAGCUUUAACGAAAGAAAGGAUCAAUUCAGACGUUGCCUUACUCCGUUAAAUGCAAGGUCUGGGACAACUGCAGAGAAUCAAAGACAAGAGGAAAUAACAAAUGCCAUAGCGAAGUGGUUAGCUGCGGACUGCAGGCCGGUUAGUGUAGUGGACGAUGUCGGUCUCAGAAACCUUUUCAGAAUCGCAACAAAUGACCGCAGGUAUGUGAUUCCCUCAAGAUGCAUCAUUACAAGAAGACUACACGAGUUGCAUGACGAAGAGCUGACGGCAAAAGAGACAACUUUACAACAACAUGCACCCUCCGAAAGGCAGGCCAACGUGUCCUCAAAAAAAAGGAAGAUUUUGUCAGAUUGCUCAAGUUCAGGUGAGGAGGAGCCCUCUCAAAUUUUAGCCCCAAUUGAGGAUGCCGAUUUAGAUGAAAGUUUCAACUUAAGGCCGUGGCACGAUUCCAAGUCCCAAACUUUGCCCCAUCCCGAGAAGACCCCCGCCUGGAUCUCAUCCACCAAUGGCGUAGAUGUGAAAGUUGAGCGAGACCAAGAGCACGACGUGGACGCGGCGACCUUCUGGGGCCACUGCAACACGGCAGGAUGCACAGACGCCAUCUUCGGCGAUUUCCUCAACUACAUGAAGGACGUCUCCCUGAGGAUCCAGAACGAACAGGCCAGCCAGCAAGAUUUCGUUGUGGCGUUCAAAGUGAUGAUGGCCUCUGGCAAAAUGACAGAGCUGCUGAGAAAACAGGAAAAAGCGUUGGAGCAGAAACAAGCGGCGGUGGAAAAAUCCCUGGCAGCGAUGCGGGAAGUCACGUCUUUGCUGAAGAGUUGAUGGCCACUUUCCCACCACACUGUACCACAGUGCCACUGUCAAUCAGAAACUCUCCAUUGCACACCUCAUACCUGAAUGUCUUCUGUUGCACACCACAUUGGCUUCUGAAACUUUUUUUUCCGUUCCCUUUCUUUCUUUAUAAAAAUGCCUGUUAGUGUUCCGGGGUUUUUCCAGUGUGACCACUC